AUGAGCCAAGAAUUCAUCAUUGACAAUAUUCUUCCUUAUCAUUACAAUAAGUUUUUCUUCGUUAAUGAGUUUACUGAUAUAUCUAUUCAUACAAAUAAAGAAGUUAUUCCUGCCCACAAGAUUUUUCUGGCUUACAACUGCAAAUAUUUUCAUAAAUUGUUUGCAGAUAGCGCAGAAAGCAUCAGUGACUAUACAAUUCCGUUCAAUCCCCUUUCAGAAUUUAAAACUUUUAUUUCAGCUCUUUAUUCAGGUCAACUUAGAGUUACACGCAAAUCUUUGAUUCCUCUUAUUUCAAUCUCCGAGUAUUACGGCUGCGAAUAUAUGAUAAAAAUAUUAAAAUUUUAUUUUUCUAAAAUAUUCCCAGAUGGACCAACAGUUGAUUGCAUCAAACAAUUUUGCAAGUGUGGCUGCCUUAAAUUCUCUUUAGAAUACAUUGAUCAAAUCAUUUUACUUAUUUCUCAAUCUUCUGAAAGUCAGAAACAGAAAAUAUUCAAGCAUAUCUACAUCGAGCAUCUACUAGAGAUAGUUAAGUCAAAAUAUUACAAAUCCUUGCUUUCAAACGAAAGAUUUCUUCUAAUUUCGCGUGUUUGCCAGAAAUAUACUAAUAUCAGUCAAGAAGACAAAGAAAAGUUAUCUUCUACCUUAGAUUUUAAUUUUGAUGAUAUUCAGUCUUAUGUUUUGAACUAUAACAUAAAUUGGAUUCCAUUUUCAGUUUCAAAGAAAAUAUUUAGUAACAUAUUAGAUUACAGACGUAAAACAAUGUCAAAGUUCUUUGAAUCAUUUCAAAAACAAGAUUUUUAUAAUUUUUCAUAUAAUUUUCUUGUUUCUUUAUAUUCUAUUCAAGAAUUUAAUCACAAUGAACAAGGUGUCUGUGAUAUUGUUCAAAGUGUUUGCAAAGCAACAAAUAUGAAGGAUAAAGCUUUUGAUUUCGAAGUUUUCUCUUUGGAUGCAUCUCCAUCGAAUAUUCCAGAGCUUUCUCUAGUCAAGAUCUUCUCAAAUGACAAAUAUUACUGUAGUUCUGAUGAAAUUGAAGGAAAUCCAUACUUUAACAUUUCAUUCAAUAAAAUUAGAGCAAAAUGUCAUUCAAUUGCCAUACAAUCCAUUGUUAAUAAUCAUGGAACAAUGAUGAAAGCCCCUGAAUCCCUUUUUAUCGCCUUAAAUGGCAAACCGGAUUUAAUUGAAGUUCCUGCAUCGCACCCUGGUAUUUACAAUUACAAACCUGAUACCCCAUUCUUGUUGAAUCAUUUGCAUAUAGAGAGACAUCCAAAAUCGAAAUAUAAUAAUAUUCUUAGAAUUUCCAAAGUUAGUGUUUUUGGAGAGUUGUGUUAG